AUGGCUGAUAACGCGAGCACUACGAGCGACUCUGCUCUCCAGAGGAUACUUCCUCACCUUCAGCAUUCAAAUGACGACGAUCGACCCGUAGUUGUAAUGACAUGUGGGAUAGCCGGUUCCGGAAAAUCCACACUAUCAAAGGGAAUCGUCAACGAACUACCCAACUUUGUUCGCUUAUCCGUCGACUCCUAUAUUUACAAGACUUACGGACUCUUCAAGAUCGACUACCCAGAAGAAAAGUAUUCAGAGUACCUAGAUGAAGGCCAGGAGCACGUCAAGAAGGAACUUGUCCGAUUACUUCAAGAAAAGCAAAAGGACAUAGUCCUAGAUCUAUCUUUCUGGAAUAGAGAAUACCGCGAGGAGUAUAAAGAAAUCAUAGUUGCAUACGGGGGGCGUUCGGUCCUUGUGUUCCUCGAUGCGGACACGGAGCUUUUGGAGAGGAGAAUCGCGGGCCGCCGGGCAGCGAGGGAUGCACUUGCUCUCCAUGAUAAGGGAAGAGAUGGCGAUUCUGCAUAUAACAUUGAAAAGGACACCUUCGAAAUGUACUGCAAUGGGUUUGAAAGGCCGGUUGGAGAGGGGGAAAUUGUGAUCAAGGUGGUCUAA